AUGGUCUCCUUCAACCCUCUGAACCUCUUCAAGUCCACCAAGGCCUCCGAUUCCACCGAGGACCAGAACCAGAACCCGACGUUCGACCCCAACACGCUCACGAUGGUUCAGCCGGGGCGCACAGAGACGCCCUCAAUGGAAGCGAAUAAUGGUGUCGUGAGCGAGCAGCCGGGGCGUCAAGAGCAGAUGGAGAUGCAGCUGCGUGGUGGUGGCGGCGGCGGUUUCUGCUGCGGAGUGUGCGCGGGUCUUGCUUGCUUCGAGUGCUGUGAGAUUUGUUGUUAG